UCUAAAGAGACAAGAAAGUGACGUCAAAAUAGUGUGUGUGCCAAAUUUUGACCCUAAAUGAUAACUACACAAUCGUUGAUUUCGUUAACUUAUGUUACAUAUAAUAAAUGUGAUUUGCAUUUAAUACACAGAGCCUGAGAGGUAACAUAAAAUGUCAAACUUCCAGAAAACUGUAUCCGCUGUAGAAGACCUAAUUAGAAAGCGAGAAUUACAGCAAAAAGAGAGAUUUCGUCAGAAACAAAACCAACCAAAAGAAGUUAAUGAGAAUUUAGAACAGAAAGAUACAAGACAAGUUGACAGGAGCAGAAGGAAAAAGCCUACCCAUUUUAUUUCACUACAAAUAACUAAUCCAGAGAUUAUAACAAAGAUUGCUGAAGUUCAAAGAGAAAUGAAAAAGAGACAUGAAAUUUUGGAACUGGCUCAUGUCCGACUUUCCUGUGCUCACAUAACACUAAGAGUUGCAUGUUUGGAAACAGAAGACGAUUUAACCAGAAUGAAGAAAACCUUGGAUGACUGUGUUGAACAGUUUAAGAAAGAAAACAUGGAUAUUUUCAAUUUAACUUUUAGAGGCAUUGGUAACUUCAAUAACAGAGUAGUAUUUGCAAAACUUCAACGGGAUAAAAAUUAUUUUCGUUUACAAAGAUUAGGUGAGAUGUUUGAAGAUUGCUGUAAAGCUAAUGGCGCUUCAUUUAAAAAGGAAGGACGGUUUAAUCCCCAUCUAACCAUUGCCAAGAUAACUCAACUGGAAGACUGGCUUGAACUUAUUGAAGACGAAGACGAGGACGAGGACGAGGACGAGGAAGAAUCUAUUAGCUCUGAAUUGUGUCGAGGCUCAAGUACAUUGGAAAUAUCCCCAAAAUCAAAUACAGCUGAUAUACAACAAGUAUCAAUUACAUCUGAAACAUUCCGUGAGCAGAGUAAAUCUAACAGUGUUCAAGGAUUUGAUGCAUCAUUACAAGCAUCCUGUUCGUAUGGUCAACAUCCAGUUCCAAAUUCAUCUGAUAUGUACAGCGAGUCUAGAAAAUCGGAAAGUCAAAUGUUGAUUAAUGCUGUUAAACAGGACAUGCGUCGAGGAGAAAGUGAAUCCGGAAUGAGUCGAGAAUCCAAUUCACAUGCACAGUCUCCAGACAUACAUCAUAACAAUGAUGAUUCUAAAGAGGGUACUUCCUCGUGUUUCAUUUAUGAAAUGGUUCCAGAUUUUAGCCCCGGAAAUUUGAAUCGACGUAAUGAUCUUAAUAUACAGAGGCUUGUCACUGGACUACAGUGUUUAUCCUGUGGUCGGAGAUUUGCGACCAGUGACAAAUUAAAGGCUCAUUUUGCAAAUUGUCAGCAACCAAAAAAAGCAAAACAAAAUGAAUGGUGGCCAAAGAUAAAUACGUUUUUAGAACCAUCAUCUGUGAAUGAGCUCUGUUUGGGAUCAGCAGCAUAUUUAUUGCACUACAUAUGGGUUGUUUGGAGAUAUAAACAACAAUAUCAGCAAGAUGAAAUUGAUAUCAGAGAAUUAGACCCCAGUACAUACAGCAAUUACAGGAACCAGCUGUUUGGGAGACAGCAGGUAACCUGUUUACAGUUAUGUUCUAUGGAGUCAGACAAUUCUGGAUAUUACCGUAUAGAGCAUGUUACCAAACUGUGAAGUUAUUAUUGACCGUUACUUGGACUUUUAAAUUUGUUAUGUUGCUUUAUAUAAUUGUGUUAGUUUCAUUUUGUUGUUUAUUUAGUUACAUGCAUUUAAUCGUUUGUAUAUAUGUUUGAAACAAAUAUUCUGUACCGUUUAUUCCGUUUUCAACUAUUGUUAAUGAUAGACCAUCAUCUCAAUUUAACCUACACAGAUGUUCUUCAGUAAGAUUAUAAAUUUGAUAUUUUGAUAUUGUUACAAUAAUCUAAAACAAAGAGUCAUACAAAUGCCAUAUAUAA